GGAGAGAGAGAAAGAGAGAGAAAAAAGAGCCGCUCCUCCUCCUUCCUCCACCACCGCCAUUAUUCACUAACUCGACCGCCUCCAGACAAGCUCUCGCUCACCCGCCCCCCCUUUCCCCCCCUCUGACGGAGACAUGGAGGACCGCGAGGACCUCGUUUACCAAGCCAAGUUGGCCGAACAGGCCGAGCGCUACGAUGAAAUGGUGGAAUCAAUGAAAAAAGUAGCUGGUAUGGAUGUGGAGUUGACUGUUGAGGAAAGGAAUUUGCUGUCUGUGGCCUACAAAAACGUGAUCGGAGCACGGAGAGCGUCCUGGAGGAUAAUCAGCAGUAUUGAGCAGAAGGAGGAAAACAAGGGUGGCGAGGACAAACUAAAAAUGAUUCGUGAAUACAGGCAAACGGUUGAGAACGAGCUGAAAUCUAUUUGUAACGACAUUUUGGAUGUACUGGAUAAACACCUCAUUCCUGCUGCCACUGCUGGGGAGUCGAAGGUUUUCUACUAUAAAAUGAAAGGCGAUUACCACAGGUACCUCGCAGAGUUUGCAACAGGAAACGACAGGAAGGAGGCAGCAGAGAACAGCCUGGUUGCAUACAAGGCAGCUAGUGAUAUUGCAAUGACAGAACUUCCGCCGACACACCCCAUUCGCUUAGGCCUUGCUUUGAAUUUCUCCGUAUUCUACUAUGAAAUUCUCAACUCUCCUGACCGUGCCUGCAGAUUGGCGAAGGCAGCGUUUGAUGAUGCAAUUGCAGAACUGGACACCUUGAGUGAAGAAAGCUACAAGGACUCUACACUCAUUAUGCAGUUGUUACGUGACAACCUGACACUAUGGACUUCAGAUAUGCAGGGCGAUGGUGAAGAGCAGACUAAAGAGCUGCAGGACGUUGAGGAUGAAAAUCAGUGAGAAGACAUGGCCAACGAGAAGACCCUGUCUGCCCCCACCUUCCCUUCCUGCCCUUCCCGCAGUCCUAGUCCAAGCUGAGAGCCAGUGAAUUUGAUGUUGGUGCUGGAUCUCAGAAUUAGUUAUGUGCCCAUUUGGGCUCCAAGGGUUAUUUUUGUUUUUUAUUUUAUUUUUUAUUGUUAAAAAAAAUCUUAAGGCAAUGUUGUGGCCAUCUGUGGAUAUCUUAACUGGAACCUGCUUUCUUUCAGUAAUACCACAAAUCUUUGGGAACCUUGAAUAAACUGUUCGACCUACAUAUUAAACCAACUUGUGAAUAAUUCAUGUCCUGUUACACUUUUACUUAUUCGAGAUCUGAGCAGCAAAUUGGAACUGGUGCUUGGCCGUGAAUCACAGUGAUUUGACAACUGAGCCAAACUGUGUGCGUGCGUGUGUGUGCGCUGAGAAACCGUCAGCACAACUGAGAUGUGUGCUGCGUUGACAGUGUGCUGAAGUGUCCUAACCCUCUGUAACCUGCAUGCUUCUGGUUUGCUUUUCUUUUUUUAAAAAAAAAAGUUUGUUUUUUUACACUCAUUUACCCAGUGUGGUCAAACAAACUGAUAUGUUCCCUGUGAGCAUUAAAUAGCUUGCUCCAAGAACCCUUCUGAAGCCUGUACGUAUGUAUGCACGGCAUUUUUCCCCUUCAGUUUGAUAACCCUGGAAGCUAGCAGGUGACAGUUAAAAUCCAUGGAAUGCUGUCCUUUGCCUUUUUUGUCCAUCCUGGCAGAGCAGGUUCUGUUCGAGCUGCUGUUGGAAGCCUGCAUGCUUGUUAAAACAAGUUUUUUUUCUUACCCACUCCACCACCUCUUCCCCUUCCCCCUACUCUCUCUCUCUCUCUUUGUUCAGUAUGUGUAACUUGAAGCUAAUUUGUACUACUGGAUAUAUCUGACUGGAGCCACCGAUACAGAUCUGUAUCCUUCUUACUGAAACACAGCAUGGAUUAAUAUUAAACUUAAAAUAAAAGAACCUAAAUUAA